GUCCAUAUAACUUCAGGGGACGUGACUUAGUCAUUAGUUAACAACGAUUACAACCAAGCUGAGCUGACCUCCAUUGACUCUCCUCUACAACCUCUGCCUGAGCUUCAUUGAUUUUACAACAAAAAACAAGAAUUCUUCAAAAUGGUAUCAAUGGGAAGACAGAUGCUGGGCUUCGUCCUGGCUAUCAUCGGGUUCCUGGGGACCAUUAUUGUGUGUGCCCUGCCUAUGUGGAAAGUCACAGCCUUCAUUGGAGCCAACAUCGUGACUGCUCAGGUCAUCUGGGAGGGCUUGUGGAUGAACUGUGUGACCCAGAGCACGGGACAGAUGCAGUGCAAGAUCUAUGACUCCCUCCUGGCCUUACCCCAGGACCUGCAGGCUGCCAGAGCUCUGAGCGUCAUCGCCAUCAUCGCGUCAUGCUUCGGCAUCCUCUUGGGAAUUUCUGGAGGAAAGUGCACCAACUUUGUGGAGGAUGAGGCUUCCAAAGCUAAAGUAGCCAUUGCCAGUGGGAUCAUCUUCAUCGUGGCUGGCGUCCUCAUCCUCGUCCCUGUCUGCUGGUCUGCCAACACCAUCAUCAGGGAUUUCUACAACCCUCUGCUGGUCGAGGCCCAGAGGAGGGAGCUGGGGGCCUCGCUGUACAUCGGCUGGGGCACCGCAGGGCUCCUGAUCCUGGGAGGGGGGCUCCUCUGCAGCUCCUGCCCACCCAAGGAGGAGCGUGACGACUACCCAGUGAAGUACUCACAGGCAAGAUCCACAGCUACCAGCAGAGCUUACGUUUGAGCUGGAAACUGUUGAAAGAAAGACUGUAAAUUAUUUGAUUAUCUUUGGCAAUCUUCUGUGAAAUGAAAAUACCAUGCAAGUUACUGGUAUUAUCCAGUCUUGUUCUUUUCCAUUUUCCAUUUUGAAAGUGAUGUGAAAUCAGAACAGAAUGAAUAUGUGAAAACAAAUUAACGGAGCUCUUCAGAACUUUGCAAGAAAAAGACAAGACAGAACUGUUGCCUAUAAGAAAUGACGUUACAGAGAAGUAGUGCUAGUCUAUACGCAGUGUAGAGGAAUCAUCUCAUGGGUCAUGGGGUGAUGACUGAAGUGAAUUGAAGCCAUUCCCAUAACCCUAACUUAUCUUUUACCGUAUAAGGACACUGUGCCAGAAUGAUAGUAUUGAUGUAAGAACAUGGACUAUAUGUACAUUAUAUAUGUAUAAUUGACUUGUCACAACUUUGUACAGUAGAUCACAGUAUGUUUUGCAAACAGCCAAUAUAUGUUAAUUGCUUAUGUCUAAAGAACUUAAUCAAUUGCAAACCUUAUUUUUUUGUAUAAAACAUUUCCAACAAAGUUUA